UCAAACUUCAAUCAAUAUUUCCUCUCCUAAUUUGCAAAAUGGCUAAGACUCCUCUUUAUUUCUUCUUCUUCUUCUUUUUGUUGGUGAGUUUCUAUGGUGUAAGAUCUGCCAUUGCUGCCAGAGUAUUAAUGGAUGAUGACGCCGACGCCGAGUCUCUGUCACAAACGCCGGCAGUUACCCCUCCUCUGGCCACCAUCCCCUCGCCGGCCACCACUUUUCCGGCAACUCAGGGUGGAACAACCGCACUACCAUCAACCACGGGAAGCUCAGUUCCAGCAACCACUCCAUCUCCGGCCGCUACCAACGACGACGAGGAAGACGACUCUGCAAUACCCCGAACCAAUCCGCCAGUGGCAGCAACCAACAAUCCAGGACCAACACAAGAUGAUCAAGAAGAUGACAAUGCAACUACUACUCCAGCCGCGGUAUCACCGACCGCUGCCGUACCCACAUUACCAUCACCGCCAACUGAGCCCCUUCCUGCUGCAGUUAAGGGUCCAGAACCAAUUUCAUUUUACAUGCACGACAUUCUCGGAGGAUCCCAUCCCUCCGCCCGAGUAGUCACCGGAAUCGUGGCCAACUCAGAUAGUAGUGGCAUUGCGUUUUCGAAGCCCAACGACAACUUCUUCCCAAUCCAAGGAACACUCCCUCUAUUCAACAACGACAACCUCAAGAACAUCAUCAAUAACAACAACAACCUCCCUUUCCUCGCCGGCUUCAAUGGCGUCGCACAAGGCAACAACUUGCUCCUCCAAAAUAGCGCCAACAAUGGUAUCCUCAGCGGUGAUGAAGACAAUAACCAGCCCUUCGUCACCGCUGGCCAACUCCCUUCUAGAGUUACUCUUCAACAGCUCAUGUUCGGCUCCGUCACCGUGAUUGACGACGAGCUGACCGAAGGCCAUGAGCUCGGGUCCGCAGUGGUGGGUCGAGCACAAGGUUUUUACAUGGCUAGCUCGUUGGAUGGGACCAGUCAGACAGUGGCUUUAACGGCAUUGUUUCACAGCGGUGGCCACGAGCACGUGGCUGAGGAUAGCAUAAGCUUCUUUGGGGUUCACCGGACAGCAACGGCAGGAUCGCAGAUUGCGGUAGUGGGGGGGACAGGGAAGUAUGAGAAUGCAAGAGGGUAUGCAACAGUAGAGAUGCUUCAUCAUCAAGAGGAUCAACACACAACAGAUGGUGCGGAUACUAUUAUUCAUUUUAGUGUUUAUCUAACAGAGGAGUGAGAUAUAGACUUUGGGGUUUGAUUUGUGUUUGAAGAAGAUGGGUUUGGGAGUUUUAAUUAUGUGCAUUUGAAUCAAAUAUUAUGGUGUGUUUUAAUUAAAAUAUCAAAUCUUUAAUGUCAAAGUAAUUUGCUUUUAGCUUA